ACGCAUAUUCGGAAAAGAAGCGCGAGAGGAAUACGCGGAUCUGGUUUGUUUACAAAAAAAAGUUUAUGAAGCUGACAAAGCUUAAUGUGUGUAUGUAAGGAUGACGUUGUUGAAGCCUUUUAGGAAACUCCCUGGUCUGAACACAGCAAACAUCUUGCUGGUGGAGAGUGAGGAGCAGUUUCAGCAGAGUUUAGCAGAUGCUCUGGUGGAGGAGACCGGUGUCACUGUGAACGUGAGACUAGCUAAGAGCCUUCCUCUGCCCAUGGAGAAUGAUGAGAGUCGUCCCAGGAUAGACCUAGUUGUGUUCAUCAUCAAUGUAACCUCAGAGCUCAGUUUUCAGUCAGCAGAAGCAUCUCUAAAAUAUUUGGACCCUGGAUAUUUCCUUGGAAAAGUCUGCUUCAUGGUUACUAACGCUCGUAACGUUUCCGCCCCCACGGAGCGCCUGGAUGCUGUCAGAAAGCUGGCUGCAUCGCUCCACUGUCCCCUGUUGUUCGCAGAGGAUAAGACCCCAGACGGAGUGGCCAGUGCUACAGAGAGGCUGCUGACCAUCCUGAAGGUGGCUGCUGGUCUUGUUCCCAUUACCACUGCUCUCUACCUGUCAAACCUGACUCGAUGCACUCUUCCCUUGGACAUCGAUCAGCCAAGCUUUGAUUAGCUCCGCUGACUGCUUCCUUUGAAGUGAUAACUUCCACUGCUUUAUCAUGUUUAUAUAUAUUUGUGGAAGUUGUUAAGGUUAAUUAAAUGUUUCCUUUUCCUAAUAAAUAUUGC